AUGGUCUCAAGUGUUUUUACCGCCGCCGGUUUUCAUGUGUUUUAUGUGUUUGCGCUCAACAGUGAGGUAGACUUAUUCGGGCUGAUUUUACCGGAGUGUCGGCGUGUGGUUUAUCCCGUGGAUGCGGCUGUCGGGGUCGGUGUCUGAGCCCUGCAGGAUCAGCCUGUCAUAGGGCAUCAUGAUUUUUCCGGCUGUUCACAAGUGGAUGAGGAAUAUUUCUCCGGAGAUGCUGCUGCUGGUGCCGAUAUUGUGGUUUUUACCUCUAACUGGAGCGGCUCCGUCUCUGACUACCGAGCAGCUGGACACCGGGGUGGACUGGCUGAGUAAGUUUGGCUACCUCCCGCCCCCUGACCCAGUGACUGGUCAGCUUCAGACCAAGGAGGCCCUGACCAAGGCCAUCAAAGCCAUGCAGAAGUUCGGGGGGCUGAAGGAGACCGGAGUCUUCGACCAAGCCACUCUGGGUCUAAUGAAAACACCCAGAUGUUCUCUGCCAGAUGUUGCUGAGGCAGAGGUGACGAUGGGCCGCAGGAAACGAGGCCUGACUCCUCAGAACAAAUGGAAUAAGAGGCAUCUAUCGUGGAGAGUGAGGACCUUCCCUAAGGAUUCGGCCUUACUGGGCAGGGACACUGUUCGAGCCCUGAUGUACUACGCCUUGAAGGUCUGGAGCGACAUCGCGCCACUUAACUUCCACGAGGUGGCAGGAAGUGAUGCAGACAUUCAAAUCGACUUCACUAAGGCCGACCACAAUGACGGAUACCCCUUUGAUGGGCCCGGGGGCACCGUGGCGCACGCGUUUUUCCCCGGAGAGAGGUUCACAGCCGGGGAUACGCACUUUGAUGAUGACGAGGCCUGGACCUUCAGAUCACCAGACUCUCACGGGAUGGAUCUGUUUGCGGUCGCAGUCCAUGAGUUCGGUCAUGCCAUCGGCCUGGUCCACACCUCAGCCAUGGAGUCCAUCAUGAGGCCGUACUACCAGGGUCCUGUAGGAGACCCUCUGAAAUACGACCUACCCUAUGAAGACAAGGUCCGCGUCUGGCAGCUCUACGGCGUCAGAGACUCAGUGUCCCACACAAAUCGACCGGGCAGCCCCUCCCAGACGGCUGAGCCUCCUGUCUUGCUGGACCUUCCUGAAAACAGAUCCACUCUCCUGCUGGCGCAAGAUGCCCCCGACAGAUGCACCAGUCACUUUGAUGCCGUGGCCCAAAUACGAGGGGAGGCCUUCUUUUUCAAAGGGAAUUACUUUUGGCGACUAACCAGAGAGAAGCACCUGGUGUCUCUUCGUCCGGCUCAGAUCCAUCGCUUCUGGAGGGGCCUCCCACCCAAUCUGGACAGUGUGGACGCUGUGUAUGAGAGACCAGGGGACCACAAGAUAGUCUUUUUCAAAGGUCUGAAGUACUGGGUAUUUAAAGACAAUAACGUGGAGGAGGGUUAUCCUCGUCCAAUCAGUGACUUUGGCCUGCCCUUGGAGGGAGUGGAUGCUGCCUUUGUCUGGCUACACAACGACAAAACCUACUUCUUCAAGGACAACCACUACUGGCGCUACGAUGACCACCUGAGGCGUAUGGACCUGGGCUACCCUAAAGACAGCACGCUCUGGAAGGGGCUGCCGCCUAACCUGGACGACGCCAUGAGGUGGUCUGAUGGCUCGUCCUAUUUCUUCAAGGGGAAGGAGUACUGGCGAGUGCCGGGCAGUGACAUGGAGGUGGAGGCGGGUUACCCCCGCCUCAUCGCUAAAGACUGGCUGCUGUGCACCGAGAUGCAGUCGGACUCUCCGGACGCGGAGCCCAAAAGCACGGAGACGAGAGGCAACGUGCACCACCACCCGGACCACGCGGAGAAUGGAUACGAGGUGUGCUCCUGCACCUCUGACACCGCCUCGCCUUUGGGCGCCCGCCCCUCCCCGUCUCCCGUGUGGCUGCUGCCACCUCUCUGGACGCUCUCGCUGGCCCUCCGCUCUGAACUGCUAUGAUGCCAAAGCAAGGGACAAAGUUUUCAAGCUGGGUGCAAAAAAGAGACUCUUUGAUGGAGGGCCAAUGGACACUGGUACAACAUUUUGUUCUUAUAAAUAUCGAUUGGUAUGUUUUCGCUGUUAUUUUGCUGUUAUUUAUUUCACAUGCCAUUUGGUGGUCAUCUAAAGCGCCUUGCAGUAUGGAUAGUACAUACAUACACGCAUUAUCAUAUUAUCAUACUGGGGUAUAUCUAGUAGGCAUCAAUACAGUGACAUUGACAAUGCUAGCACCAUGCUGUACAAAUUAACUUACACAGAACCUUAAGUUUUAUCCCUUAGUUUGCUCUUGAAUGGCUAAACCGUCUCAUCUUUGCAAGGGCGUUAAUUGAAUGGGGCUGUUCAGAAAUAUGCUCAAAUAAAAUACAACAGUAUUCCAACAGCACCCAUAAUAAUGACUUUUUCAUGUGCAAGUUUACAGCAAUAAUGAACGGCAUUGUGGGAUGUAGGCAGGUCAGUGGAUAAAUGGCAUCCUGAGAUGCUAACAGGUAGACAGGUGAAUAGAUAUAAAGGUAUAUUUUUACUUUAAAGGAAUGGUUCAACGUUUUGGGAAAUUAAAUAUGCUUAUUAAGUCAGAUGAGAAGAUCAGUACCACACUCAUGUCUGUCUGGUAAGUAUUAAGCUACAGCUUGCAUGACUAGACCAUGAAGAUUAGAAAUGGGGAAACAGCAAACCGGGCUCUGUCCAUGGUAAGAAAAAAAACGAGGUGUAAAAUCAGCAUGUUGACUUUUUACAGUUACUGUGUGCACUGAUAGAUGAAUUUUGUAAUCUUCUGACAGAGCCAGGCUAGCAGUUUGCCCCUGUUUGGAGUCUUUAAGAUGUGCUAAGCUAACCUAACUAAGACUUGGUCGAUCUUCUCAUCUUACUUUUGGCAAGAGAGCAAAAAAGCUUUUUUCCCAGCAUUCUCCACCAAUCAAGAGAUUCAGUUUAGGUUGGUUGCAGUUACGUUUACAGUUAUGACCAUUAUUGGUUUCUGGGUCCAUCCUUCCUUGGGAAAGAGCCUGUACAUUCAGCCUGACAGGAAGAGCUGCCUGACAGGCUCAAACCAGGGCAAACAAUGGCACAGCGUAUAUAGAUACUGCAGUUUAACAGGUGACUGACACUGCGGCAUGUAUCUAGACAGACAGGAGAAACGUACCCUGGGAUGUACUGUAGAUGGAUAGAUAGGUUUACAGAUGAAUGGCCCCAUGGGAUGUUGACAGGAAGAUGAAUGGCAGCCAGGGCUGUAAACAGGUGUACGGGCGAAUGCCAUCCAGAACAGCCACAUGAAGAAAAGGACAGCCUCCGCUCUGGGGGGUGAAACCAAUUAAUGACUUCCUGUAUGACAGAAAGUUCAAAUCCAAGAGUUUCUCAGUGUCGCUUAAUGCCAUUAGCUUCAAUCCCUUACCUGCCCCGCUGCGCUCUUUGAGGAACUGCUGCUCUUGUAUCUCCAUGAAUUCAUCAUUUUCAACCCUGGUACAGAAGCAUUCCCUGCCAUUAUCACAGGCAGUACCGGUUUUGUUGUAUUUUUUGUAAUAAAUAUGGAUAUAUUGUGAUUCCAUAUUGCUCUGAUCAUAUUAUAGUUCACUGAGCCUUUUUCCUCACCGCUGGACAACUUUCCUUCAUCAAUCAAAGCUCCUUCUGGUGAUGUCAUUAG